AUGGACAAGCCGCCCCUGCCUGGACCUAACCCAGUAGGUGUGUCGCCACAACCUGAGAGAGAGGCUUUGUGCCAGAAAUCUCACGUUUUUCGCAAAAGCGAAACCAAAACGUUCCCGGCAACUCCCUUUGGUUUCGUUUGGAAAGAAGUGCUACUUUGGUUGCAGAGAGAUCGCAGUCUGGAGUCUAGGCUCAUGUCAGUGGCUGGAUAUGGAAAUAGUGUUUGUGAACAUUCUACUCCCAGUGUAACGGAUGGGAAGCCUUCAGACCAGCUCAUCAAGCGUCCACGGAUUGAUUACUGAACGCAGUACAUUCGGGAAGUGAUGCAUUUUCUGCAGACGAGGUGGGAGCGGCUCAGUGAGCACCUGGUGAGGCAGGUGCAGCUGGAGAACGUGUGGGUCGGCCUAAGAACGGCAAACCGAGGCCGACCUGAUCAAACCCCUGGGUCAGCAGACAAAGGGGCCAAAACACCAGGUCUUUCACUGAACUCAGAGUCCAAUGGGGAAUAUGGGUCUAUAGAUUCCAGAGUGACAUUGGAGAGCUUCCUCCAGGGAUGUACAAGGAAGGUGACAGUUCUCCUUGGCCCAGCUGGAUCAGGAAAAACUCUGCUGAUGUCUUGUUUAGGACAACAGUGGGCACAUGGACUAGGCCCGAUCCCUUCAUCUUACCUGUUUGUGCUGCUGGAGUUUCGUCAGCUCAACGUACUGUCCCGUCCUCUCUCCCUGUCUGAGCUGCUAUUCCAACACUACGUCCCCAUAAAGGAGAGUAACCACGGAAAGGAAGCCAUUGUGGAUUACCUCCUUUCCAAUCCAGAGCAAAGUUGUUGCUACGACGAGUUUCACAGCAAACUCGCCAAACAAGAGGUGCAGACGGAGCAAUUUGACCCAGAAAAGCCUUUGCCUGUUGCAGACCUCAUAUCAGGGCUGUUAAAUCGUCAGCUUCUCCCAGGAUGUACUGUGAUGGUCACUUGUCGUCUACGCAAUGUCAUCGAUUUGGAAGGCAUAUCAGAUAAAGUCGGGCAGCUGCUCGGUUGGGACUGCCAUGAGAUCAAGGAGUAUGUGGACAACUUUUUUGGUGAUAAAGGUCACUCAGCCAACAGGUCUCUUGGGGUGCAGGCAGCAGAACUCCUUCUUUCCAGUCGACACCUACUCGCCAUGUCAUCCCUCCCUGCCCUCUGCAACAUCUGCUGCAUCUAUCUGGAGCAUUUACUGCUGAAAAGUACAGACCCAGGAAGGGCCGAGAUACCGGAAGAAAGAGGAGGAGAGACAAGGAGAAAAGCGUGUGGAAAAGAAAUAAAAGGAGGCGGAAGAGGAGAAGAGGGCAACAUGACGACAGAUGGAACAAACUGUAGAGCCCAGCUACCUCUCACACAAGCCCAGAUUCCCUCCACCCUCACCCAGGUCUACCUCGGCGUUCUGGAUUCGUUUCUGAGCCGUGAUCCUGAUACAAUAGGAAGCAAUGACGAGCUGGAUACCAUGAGACUUCCCCAGAGUCUUCUGAGUCAGCAUCGAUGUGAGUUGUGCGAGCUGUCCUGGAACGGCUUAGAGGACAGCAAGUUCCUCUUCAUGGAAGAAGACAUUUCUCAGGAGGUUUUGCAGUUUUCAAUCAAGAUAGGGCUCUUCUCACAGGUGGAGCUCAGACUUGAGGAUGGGAUGCUUGUCAACUCCUACUGCUUCACUCAUCUGACUUUACAGGAGUUUUUGGCUGCACUCAGAAUCAUGACGAGUGCUGAUGUCAGUGACACGCAGCUCAAGAAGAGAUUCAGUCUGAGAACUCGCUGGACAACCAAGUCAGACCAGAGGACAGUCUUUACAGACUCCCUGUGCCUGUUUGUAUGUGGUCUGGCCUCCCCACACUGUACUGCAGCCUUAAUUCAAUUCACCAGGACCCCUGGUGGAACAGGAGGUCCAAGUUGGGUCCAAAAACGACAAAGCCUUGUUCUGAAACUGCUAAAAAACCUUUGUCACAACAACACCCUGACUGGACCGAAGAUAUUGGAGCUAUGCAACUGUGUUCAGGAGAGCCAGGACCACCAACUAGCUCAGCAGGUUGUGGGUGCGAGACCCACCUUGGAGCUGCGCAACAUCCAGCUUCUACCAAAUGAUAUUCAUGCUCUGGCUUUUGUAUUUAACUGAAUUGUUUAUAAUGUCAUUGGAUUGGACUUUGGAGCAUGCACAAUGGAGUCCGAGUGUUUAGAUGUCCUGCCCAGGUGUCAGUACAUUCACUACCUCUGUUUUCGCAGAUGCAAGGAUGGCGACAAGUUCGCUGAGAAGUUGUCCUCCAUUUUGCCAAAGUUAACCACCCUGAGGAAACUUGAGUUCUGUGCUGCCAGUCUGACGGCCACCGGAGCGGCCAGUUUGGCCUCUGCUCUACCGAACUGUCUAGAAGUCACUGAAAUCAACCUCAGUGACAACGAUCUGAAAGACGAUGGGAUCAAACACAUAGCCGAUAUAUUUACCAAGCAACCGAGACUGGCUUUGGUGAAGCUGGGUCGAAACCACAGCUCUCUGAAGGCAGUGGACUACCUCAUCGGGAAAAUGUCUUCGUCCUUGAACAUCCAGCAGAUUCAUGCAGACGGAUUGAAGGAAUUGCAGGUCACUUUCUCUCAAAGCUCUGAUUUGAUCAGCCAGACAGCUGAGUCUAAACCGACAAUCUGCUUGUUGAACCAGAAAUGGAGCAAGCCGGAUAUGCAAACACUUUCAAAGUCAUUGACACGUUGCCCUGCCUUGUCUGUCCUGGAUAUUUCUGGAGGCCACUUGGAUGUUGAAACUCUGAGGACGCUGACUCAAUAUUUGCCGAAAUUCAACAUCACCCAGAAGAUCGUGGCGAAUGACAGCUGCUCAACAGUGGAGGAUUUGCUGAUUCUGACGGCUCUGCUGUCUGAUUGUCCUGCUGUGGUGGAGCUCCGUAUCAGAUUACAGAUUCCUGUUCAGGCGUCCAUCGUGUUUUCUGGAGGGAGAGAAGAAAGGAAUGAAGUAUCUAAACUGCUCUGUUCCUCAUUGGAAGAAGAGCAGAGAACUACACUGAAGGCUGUGUUCUCAGUUCUGUCCUCAGCUGGUCUGCUGCCGACUCAUCUGGAGAGAGUGUGGAGCAGUUUGGGAACCUCUCCUGAUGUCACUGUGCUGGAUCUGUCCAGUAACUGCUUAGGCAGCAGAGGUCUGAGGAUGCUGUUGGACUUCCUGCCCCGUCUCAGAAGAAUCCGCGAAAUAAAUGCCAGUAACAAUAGGAUUGGCCUGGAGAGCGUGGGGCUGCUGGCUGCUGCUCUGUGCUCCCACAAAAACGCAACAGACAUCCACAUCAGUGAUGGAGACGGAGAGCAGGUGAUCCUGAAGUUUGGCCCCUUCAAAAGGGAUGAGAAACAGCAGAAAAAGAUCUUCAGGGUUAACCACAGCAGCCUCCCACCAUCCCAUAUGACCACACUCUGUAGACGACUGGUCCAGUGUCGCUCACUUUUGGAGUUAGAUUUGUCUCACAGCUCCUUGUCGGACGAGGCCAUCGAGAAUCUGCUGAAGGUCCUGCCCAGGAUCACGUCGCUGCAGAGACUCGAUGUCAGCCACAGCAUCGCAUCCACAACUGGAGCUCUGAUGCUGGUCAGAUGUUUGACCGUCAGCCAGCGAGUCACCUCACUGGAUCUCAGGCCUCAGGCUGCGUCCUUCAUCCAGUUUGACAGUGUGAAAGAAGAACAAGCCAGCUGCAGGUUAACUCAUUGCAGCCUGAAGGGUGACACCUUGGAGAGACUGAUGGAGAUACUCCAGCGGGGUCCUCAACUGUCGGUCCUGGAUUUAUCUUGUAACCAACUGGGAGAUGAGGGAGUGAAGCGUGUUGUGGAUUCUCUACAAGGGCUUCAAAUCACCAGCUAUGUAAACUUGAGCAACAAUGGCCUGACGCAGCAGGGGAUGACGGACGUGGCCCACACACUGAGCACCUGUAACAGCGUCUCUGGUGUAGAAGUCAGUUUGGGAGCAGAGGAGAAGUGCCUCGUCUGAUUCACGCAGCAUGGUGGUAGUGUGAAAACACUGAGGGUCAGAGACAGUCGUUUGGAACGCGUCCAUCUGGUCCGACUAGCAGAGAUCGUGUCUAUCAGUUCCGGUCCAACCCAACUAGAGUUCAAAAACAACUCGCUGCAGUCGGGUUGGAUUGAAGACUUUGUGACGCUGUUGAGCAGAAGUCACAGAGCAUUCAGCGUCAGCUUUAGAGAACGUUGGAUCCGAUCUGAGGAAGCUGUGACUCUGCUGUGCCGCUGUCUGGACGUCAGCAGCAACAUACGCACGAUCAGGGUUCACCACACCACGCUACAUCUGUCUUUGGAGAAGUCCACUGAACACACUUCUCUCAGCCUCAUAAACUGUGCAGUAGAUGGGUAUCACCUUGCCUCGAUGAAGAGCGUCAUCUCGAGGUCUCCUUUACUGACUGAGCUGGAUUUCUCCCACAACAGCCUGGGCUUAGAGGGAGCUGAGGUUCUCUGUUCUGUCCUGCCCUGGCUGCCUAAUCUCUCUUCUCUCAGUAUUGGUUCCAAAGAGGCUUCUGUGACUGUGGAUGAGAAGCUGUCAGAGGCCCUGCUGCAGGCUGCAGCCAUUCAGUGCUUAAAUCUGUCCGGUCAUGCGAUUAGUGACACAGGAGCCCAGAUGAUGAGCAGCAUGUUGCCUCGCCUAAGAUCACUCAAUCUGUCUCACUGUGAGUGGUCAGCGUCCGGAGGGCUGCAGCUUAUCAAAGCACUGGGAGAGUGUGUCAGUCUGGAGGGCCUUUGUCUGGACGGCUUGUGGCUCAACGAGGAGAGCAGGACGUGCCUUGCACAAGCACUAAGGAAAAUCAACUCUAUACGCAGACUCAAGCUAAAUGAGAUUGCCACAGAAAUAGGACCAUCACAAGCAAACGGUGUGCUCAAUGUCAUCGCUGCUACGGAGGGACUCACACAAACUCAGGAGAUAGAGUUGGAUGGCUGGAAGAUGGCUGAUAGAGGAAUAGAAGAGCUGGCCAGAGUCCUACCUGUCUGGACGGAGCUCAGAAAGAUCAGUCUAUCAAAGAACCUCAUCAGCGACCAGUCGGGAGACGUGCUGCUGGAGGCUUUGCACAGCUGUACUCACCUGGAAGAGCUUCAUCUGCCUCGCAACAGCCUUGGGGAUCUCACAGCUGCUAGGAUGGCCCUUGUUCUCCCAUCACUGACACACAUCACUGUGCUGGAUAUUUCCGAGAACAGGAUUGGACGUGAAGGAUCGGUGAGCCUGGCCAAAGCGAUAAUGUGCAUGAAGAACCUCACCAAGAUCUAUCUGACCUCCGUGGGGACUCCAGAGCUGUGUCCUGUCGCGGCCGGUCUGGCCCACUGUCCCCUCCUACAGGAUGUCGGCCUGGGAUGGAAUAAUUGUGGCGAUAAUGUGGCAUUGGAGCUGGUCAGAGUUAUGCCUCUCUGUCAAAGGCUGAUGAGGAUAGAUCUGGAGUCAAACGCUGUGAGUGCUUCUGGAGCAGAGGCCCUGGCUAGAGCCUCAGAGUCGUGUCCCGCUCUGCAGAUCAUCAGGCUGUGGAGGAACAAGCUCUCCCCCAGUGAGGCCCUGAGGCUCAGUCUGAGGGAGAGGAGGCUGAACUUCUCAUCCACCUCAUGACGUCUGGAUUGUUGGACGUUGGCCAAGUAACAUUCCAGUUGAUCAGGAUCUUCAGAGGUGAAUCAGUUCUACAGUUCACAUGUUUACCUGGAAAACCCGUCAAUCAGUUGUGUAUCUGAGGACUGCAGCAGCAGCUAUAGACGAGCUUAAAGACCACCACGGGGUCUCCGACGGGAGAGAACCCUCGUGCCUUUUGACAUUUCCUUAAACUGUAAAUAAUCUGAUUUGGGAAUAAUGCGAUGAAGUACAGAUGCACUGUUGAAUGGUACUAUUUUUUUAACUAUUUGAAUAUAUAUGACUAUGCACUAAUUGGCCUGUAGUUUCAUGUUGGUGAACUGGCGUCACCUGCUGGCGGGGUCCACACUUCCUCAUGAUUUACUGAUGCCUAAAACACUUUAACAGAACAGUGAACAUACAAUACAGACGACAGAGAAAUAUAGAAAGCUACUCUGGGAAUGUACAAAGAAACAAGAUUGAGUAAAGCAUCAAGAGUGAUCUUCAAGCAACUCUUGUAGUUAUUUAAACUGAGUUUACAUUUUUUACACUAGAGAACUAUGAUCUCUACUCGGACACUGGAUGUUUUUGGAGCAGAAGCCAAGAUGUACUAUUCCUCUUGAAUGUGGUUUUGUUUUUUAUGGUUUUUGAUCAGGUUUGACAUGUCACCUUAACAUUAAUUCAUUCUGACUUGCACAGAUAUGGCAAUUGAGAUGCAAAAAAAAGAAUAAAGAAGAAUAAAAAGUC